AUGUCUUUAUUAAUGAUAAAAGAAUGUUCAAUAUGUGAAAAUGAAUUAAACGAAACAGAUGAUUUGGUAAUUACAAAUUGUAAUCAUACAUUUCAUCGUCGUUGUGCUCAAGAACGUCUCGAUAAGAAAAAAAGAUCCGAUUGUCAUAUUUGUCAUCAAGGUUCGGCACUUGGCGAUGCACUUUCUCGUUUAAAUAUAAUCAAUCAAGGAGAAUGUUCAAUAUGUGAAAGUUUAUGGAAUUCAAAGGACGAUUUGGUAAUUACAGAUUGUAAUCAUACAUUUCAUUAUGGUUGUGCUCAAGAUCGUCUUGAUAAAAGAGGACGAGCCGAUUGCCAUGUUUGUCAUAAAGAAUCGGCUCUUGGCAAUGCACUUUCUCUAAAGAACUCAGCAAGAAAAGGAGAAUGUUCAAUAUGUGAAGAUGAAUGGAACUGGAAAGAUGAUAUUGUAACUACAAAUUGUAAUCAUACAUUUCAUCGUCGUUGUGCUCAAGAUCGUCUUGAUAAAAGAGGUCGAACUGAUUGUCAUGUUUGUCAUCAAGAUUCGGCUCUUGGUAAUAUACUAUCUCGAAAUACAACAACAACUAUUAAGAAAUCUACUGAACAAAAUUCGAAUCUAAUAAAAUCAGAUAAAAUUGCAGAAAAGGAAGCGUAUGCUGCUUCAACAGCAAGAGCUGAAAAUACAAUUGGAAGAAAUGAAAACAAUUGGCAAUGUGCUGAAUGUUCGGGCACAAAUGAAAUAUCAACAAAACGAUGUACAUCUUGUGGAGAACCACGCUUCGCUGCAUCUUCUAUUUCAAUUGUCCGGACACAACGACAAGAAGAUGAAACAACAAAAGAAUGCAUUCCAUUAACAUCCUCGAAUAGACGUCCGAAAAAUGAUGAAAACAAAUCGUUAGAUUCAAGAAAUGAAGAAUUGAUGGAUGUUGAUUAUCCAACAAUCAUUAAAUCUCCUUUUGGAUCUGACAAAAUCGAUGAAUCAAAAUUUAAUACAACAUCAACAAAAGGUUUUCAAUCGAUCGAAUCCAAUGACGAAGAAUAUUCUUCAGAGUGUGAAGCUAUUGU